AUGAGCAAACAACACCACCCACCACCAACAAAUCUCACCUCUCUCCGCGCCUGGAUGACCAGUUCUUUCCCAUACACCUUCUCAUCCGCGAACAACCACAUGACGACGACGACCCUAUUCCCAUUGCCCUACAUCAUCAUCCAAAACUUCACCACGUCCGAAUUAGAAGAUUUGCUACAUUUUGGAUUGGAGACUUUUUCGCGCCUUCAAACGGAAUUGACCUUAUUGAAGAGUCGUGCGCAGACUACGAUACUUACCAGAUCAUCAUGCCAAGCCACUCCGGGAAUAAUAUCGCACAUUCCCGAAAACGCCUACGGCGAAAUCAUCUCCGCGGCGAAAAAUAACGAGGAUGGCAUGUUUGAGAAGUGUAUUGUGGAAUUAGUGGCAGAGAUUCGGGAGUUAAAGGGGGAGGUGGAUGGAUAUAGAGCUAGGAGGAGGAGGGGGUUAUUGAGAGCAGAGGAGGAUCAGGAAAUUGGAGUUGGAGUUGGAGUUGGAGUUGGAGUUGGAGUUGGGGAUCAGGAUGAUUGGUUUAUAGAAGGCAGGGAAGAAAUUUGUGGAGGAGGGGUGGAUGGAGAGGUUAUCGAGAUUGGGUGGGUUUCUGGGAGUGAUCUCUCGCGUUGA